GGAUGUUCUGGAGGAGUUCCAUGGAGACGGAAUUCUGUCCAAAUACAACCCAGAGCAGCCCAUCGACUACGAGGGCUUCCAGCUCUUCAUGGCCACGUACCUGGAGAACGACAUCCCAGAGGAGCUUUGUCAGCACCUCUUCACCUCCUUCAAGAGCAAGACGGGCGGCUGCUCCCCCGACCAAUCACGAGCUGGGACCAGCUUACUGGGAAUGAACGGGAAGAGCAUCCUGUCAGCGAUGGGCCGCCACACGCCGGAGCACUCGAGCGUCAUGAGCACGGCGGGCUCCGGGGCCACCACCUCGCCCUGUUCCUCCCGCUCCUCCUCGCAGCGCUCUGGGACGGGGGGCCACACUCCUAGGGGCCCCCACCGGUCGCCCUGCGCCCGGGUCAGAAUGUCAGAGGGCGGCGGCAGCAGCAACGUCCUGACCCCCAACUCUGUCCCCGCCAGGUCACCAGUGUCCCCCAAACUUUCACCAGAGAGGACUCACUCUGAGAAGCAUUUGUCGCUGCGCAGGAGUCCGUCGCCACAGAAAGGUUCCCCGCUGCCGUCGCCUCAGGUCGUCUUUCUCAAGGACAUCGUCUGCUACCUGUCUCUGCUGGAGCGGGGGACGCCCGAGGACAAGCUGGAGUUCAUGUUCCGGCUCUACGACACAGACGGGAACGGCUUCCUGGACAGUUCGGAGCUGGACCGAAUCAUCAACCAGAUGGUGCACGUGGCCGAGUAUUUGGAGUGGGAUUCUACAGAGCUGCGACCGAUUCUGAAGGAGAUGAUGGAGGAGAUCGACUUUGACCGAGACGGGACGGUCACACUGGAGGAGUGGAUCAGAGGAGGCCUCACAACAAUCCCUUUACUGGUGCUGCUGGGCAUGGAUACGAAUCAGCAGGAGGACGGGCAGCACGUGUGGCGUCUCAAGCACUUCAACAAACCAGCGUACUGUAACUACUGCCACACCAUGCUGCUCGGGGUCCGCAAGCAGGGCCUCAGCUGCUCCUUAUGCAAAUACACGGUGCACGAGCGCUGUGUGUCCAAAGACAUCGCCGCCUGCAUCAGCACGUACGCCAAGUCCCGGAGACACACCAACGCGAUGCAGCACGUGUGGAUCGAGGGAAACUCUCCGACCAAAUGCGACCGCUGUCACAGGAGCAUCAAGUGUUACCAGGGUCUGACGGGGCUGCACUGUGUCUGGUGUCAAAUCACUCUUCAUAAUAAAUGUGCGUCUAAUGUGAAGGCAGAAUGUGAUGGAGGAGUUUUGAGGGACCACACGCUGCUGCCCUCAUACAUCUGUCCUGUCGUCCUGGACCGUCACACAGUGGUGAAGCGGGGUGAGGGUGAGUCUCCGCCCAGCACCAGCCCUGACGACACCAACCAGACCUUUAAAUUCUCUCCUGGUGACGGACAAGCGCUGCAGGUCAGUCCUCUCCCAGGGACACAUCCUCUCCUCGUCCUCGUCAAUCCUAAGAGCGGAGGGAGGCAGGGGGAGCGCGUCCUGAGGAAGUUCAGGUACCUGCUGAACCCCAGGCAGGUCUACAGUCUGGAACAAGGAGGUCCAAUGGCCGGGCUCAACUUUUUCCACGAUGUCCCUGAUUUCCGGGUGCUCGCUUGUGGAGGUGACGGCACCGUGGGCUGGAUCCUCGACUGUAUAGAUAAAGCCAGCUUUGCCCGGCAUCCUCCAGUCGCCAUCCUCCCUCUGGGCACGGGGAACGACCUGGCUCGCUGUUUACGCUGGGGAGGAGGUUACGAGGGCGGCAGCUUGCUGAAGUUCCUGCGGGACAUCGAGCACAGCACAGAGGUGGUGCUGGACCGAUGGAACAUAGACAUCGUCCCCGACGACAAGGAGGAGAAGGGAGACCCCGUCCCCUACAGCAUCGUCAACAACUACUUCUCCAUUGGCGUGGACGCCUCCAUCGCCCAUCGCUUCCAUCUGAUGCGGGAAAAGCACCCAGAGAAGUUCAACAGCAGGAUGAAGAACAAACUGUGGUACUUUGAGUUCGGCACCACCGAGACCAUAUCUGCCACCUGCAAGAAACUCAACGAGUGCAUAGAAGUGGAGUGCGACGGGAUCAUCUUGGACCUCAGCAACACGUCGUUAGAGGGCAUCGCCGUGCUCAACAUUCCCAGCAUGCACGGCGGCUCCAACCUGUGGGGCGAGACGAAGAAGAGGCGGAACUACAGCCGCAUGAGCAAGAAGGUCCCGGAGAGGAUGCCGGCGAGCACGGUCACGGACGCCAAGGAGCUGAAGUUCUGCAUGCAAGACUUCAGCGACCAGCUGCUGGAGGUGGUUGGCCUGGAGGGGGCGAUAGAGAUGGGGCAGAUCUACACUGGACUGAAGAGUGCCGGACGCAGACUGGCUCAGUGUGCCAGUGUCAUUAUCAGGACGUCGCGACGGCUGCCCAUGCAGAUCGACGGCGAGCCGUGGAUGCAGCCUCCCUGCACGAUCAGGAUCACACACAAGAACCAGGUCCCCAUAUUACUGGGUCCAUCUCAGAAGACGCCCUUCUUUUUCUUCAAGAAACGCAACCGGAGCAGCGACUAGAACCCGAGCAUGCGCACACGAACCCCCAACCCCCACCCCCAGAAAAAAAGAAUGCGUAUUACUUAGUAGUACAAACUGUAUAUGCACACACACACACAUACACACGCGCAGAGGCCGGUCCAUCCGUUUGAAAGCGUGAAAAACAUGUACGGGAAAAAAAAAUUUAAAAGCUGGAUUUAUUCCUGGAGGAACCAAAUGAAAAGACUCGCCGUGCCAACCUUCUCCCGUGUAACCACCACCACCGUCGUCCAGACCCGUCCACUCCAGGUCCCAGAUGUGGACUUAGUCAACAGUGAAGUGAAUUAGCCAUAAACUGAACCAGUACUGCACUGCCUACUUAACACGGCUGUGGCCACCGUUGGUUUCCACCAACUCUGGGACACGAGGAGAUCGUACCGAGAUCAAGACACACUACGACGAGACAGAAAGCAGCUCAGCGGCUGUUUACGAGUAAACAGAGAACGAACCACCUAUGAAAACACCUGUAUGAAUAAUGAAGGAGCUGUUUUAUUGUUGGAGUGCUCACUGCAGGGCCUGACGGCAUGGUACUGCCGAGGAGGGGGCGACGAACCAGGAAGCCUCAUGCAUUAUUGACGGGUCUUGUUCGUGGUUUGAUGGCAGUGGCCUGGAUCAGGUAGAAGCGUAGAGAUCUCGUUCAGAACUGGUAUCAACGUCCAUCCUGAGUGAUCAGAUCAUGAGCAGAUCGUGCCAAGUUCUGGUCUGACCACAAGACCUUUGAAUGGUCUGAAAAGUGAGACUUACUGAACAUCCUGGUGGGUCAAGUGGAUCUUGGGUGUCCCAUAAAAACAUUUCUGUGCCAACCAAAUACGACAGAACUAGCUAAGUUUAAAAAGCUAAUUUUGAUGUUGCGAAAGGUUAGAAUCAAGCCUUUAAGUCGUGGUAAUGCUUCUUUUGGGUUCUCCCUCUCUGGAGGUCGCCUCACAGCAGAUCUUCAGAUAUUUGAUUCGGCAGUGAUGGUUUAAUCCAGUUGCCCUUCCUGACGAAACACCCUCCCAUUUAUCUGGUCUUGGGACCAGCAAUAGGUGCCCUCCAAUUAAUCCAAUCAAUUGGGAUCAAUGGGGAUUGGGUACCUUGCUCAGGGGAACUUGCCCCUUGACCUGUCAGGAUUGACCUGUCGGCAUUCAUCCUUUAUUACAUAGGCUGUUGUGAACACGUCACUGUGUUCACGAACAAUCGCGACGUCACUGUGUAGUCAAACACAGGAUGUGAGAGAAUAAUUUCUGGGAUGCAUUUCAACGCCAACACCAUGUGGCGCUAGGUGGCGUCAAAGUCGUAGCUAAUUCUAAGGACUCACCAGAAAUCAUGACAUUGUUUUAACUCCACCAUACAAGGUCCAGUCUGAACCAAACAUACUAUGAGUGAUGAUCAUUCCACCUUGAAGAUGUUUCCGGAGAACAGAGCGUUCCCUAGUGGCAACGGGAAACACAUAGUUUUAGAAUUUCCUGUUCUGUGCUCACAGGGAGUAUCUGAUCCACCUCAACUUUGGUGGCGUCACUAAAAGCUGACUAUGGUGCAAAUUUGGAUGUUUAUAAGAAAACAAGGAAUUGGUCCUGAUGGGCAACGAAUGCUCGAAUUCUCACAAAAAUUGACAUAGUCAUCAACAUUGUCUCACCUCACAGUAAUGAACGCAUCACUGUUAAAAACCUUAAUUUUGCUUUCGUAAACAAUUCUGUCAUCAGGCCGAUCGGAUCACUGAGGACGGUUGUCAAUAUCAGGUCUGAACAGGUCCAUGAGGACAAUUUUCACCCAUUAGAGUCAAAAAUCAGUUAAACAAUAUUUACAGACUGUGUUGUGGACUGAAGGUAAGAGACAGGCCUUGUCCGUGUGUGCAGUUACUGCUCCAUAAUUUAGCCGGGGGGCAGAUCGAAGAGAGAGAUUGUUGGCUCAUCUUUGCUUUGCUCAAGGAAACAAACUGUGUUUCAGUGCGGUUGAUUCAGUCAAACAGUCACGGAAUCAUCAACGGCUGCUCCUCGAGUGAGUCAAGGAUUGAAAUAAAUCCCAUCAAGGGGGACGCGCACGAUCGGGGCCCCCGUGGGUUUUUAUUUACCAGGGUUAUUGACAGGGGAGCUAAAUUUAUCCCCGUCCUCCAGUGAAACCCGACGCCUAAUUACCGUGUCAGACAUCGACUGGCAAUGUCAAGUGCACGCUGUCAAAGUGCAAAAUCCCCAAGCCUGCUCCGACUGGAAGGUGCCGCCACCGCCGCCACCACCGCGUGGAUUCUGUGUCGUCAAGAUGUCGGUUAACGACCAAAUAAAGACACAGAGGAAAGGAAGUGUUUUUCCAUCGUAGAAGGUGGGAGAUUCAUGGUUGGGACAGCAGCGAGCUCACACUUCAGUGUUUUUUUUAAAAAAAGAAUGUAUUCAUAUUACUGUCCGUACAAACUCUAUUACACAGUCUGUGCCGACAGAGUAUAUAUGUAUAUCUCUGGAACGUAGGCGUAGCUCACAUAUACUGUUUUUAAUAUAUUACUCUUAUUAAUGUGGAGCUUUUAGAGUAGAGAGGAGUUCAGAUCAGUAUUGUUCACUGUGCAGGGCCGCUGCAGUUGCCCUCUGGUGGCCGCGGUUUUCCACUUUGUCACAUUCGCAUCGUCUUUGGUUUCGACUUUUUGGUCGAAAACAAAUAUUUAUACAUGGAAAAAUCUGUUUAAAGGGUUUUUUGACCGAUGGGAUGUGUUUAGCUGGUUCAGUUUGGCUUGGCGGGAAACGUAAAACCCAGGUAAUUUCUUCUUUGUCUGCGUCAUUUUUGGCAAAGAUGCACAUUCCUGCACCAUUUACACUGUGGCACACAUUCCCGUUCAGGGUUGUUAGCAUAGCUGUUAGCUAUGAAUGUUGAAAGAGCUGACCAAAAUAAAAAGGAAUGGUGUCAAUCGCAUUUUUAGGACAGGUUUCAAGUACAUGAAGGAAAAUUGGUGUACGUCUUAAUCAUAUCGGGACGUACAAAAAAGUAAUGGGACCUAAACCCUAAACCCGACAGGAAGGCAGGAUUUAAGGGGCGAUUGGGGGACGGAUUUCGGUGAUUUUUUCAUGCGUUGUAUUUAAACAAACUCAUACAGUUUUAAUGAUAACAACUUAAAUUCUGGACAGGUUACUUUGGACAAGAUAGCGAUUCAAAUGUAUCAAAAACUUCACUUAGCAUCACACAGUGCGGGCGGUAGGGGGCGCCAAAAACACAACACUGUUAUAACCCUACUAUACAAGGUCCAAUCUGAACCAAACUUACUAUGAUUGAUGAUAGUUCCUCCUUGAAGACGUCUCAGAAGAAAUAUUACAUUUGUUUAACAGAGUGCCCCCUACUGGAAAUAGGAAAACCAUAUUUGAAAAAAAACACGUUGAUUCUGACUGAAAAAAUUGUAAAAAUCGAAAGUUCGCAGUAAAACAGGGAACUGGUCCUGACGGCCAAACCGAUGAUCGAAUACACUCGGAAAUUGACACACGCAUCACAACACUGGCUCACCUUCACCUCCAAUGUGGGUCCCCGGAUUUUGCGUGGCAAAAUGGCUCCACAGCGCCCCCUAGAAGAGGGGUCAAAUUGAGACAAGUUUGGGGCUAGAUGGCACUGAGACUAUAUAUUUAUUUUAUUUAUUUUUAACUGUAGUAUGUUUUACGUGGCAUGAGUUUGGACAUUUGUGGAAACCCCGUCCUCACGAGUGCGACUGCUGAGAAGCUCUGAUGGUACAAACUGAAUUCCACUGACAGGGUCAGGCAUUCAUGUCUUUACACCCUGAUUCCCUUUAAAAACACGCUGAGUCAUUACUCUUACACCCAGUCUCUACGGAAACAAACCCUCCCCCACCCUGACGACACUUUGGUUUCCUCCAAACAUCGGCUGGGAUGUACUGUAGUUCAGGUUAGAAUCACACCACUGUAAAGCCAUUCAGCAAAAGUGGCGUUCAUUCAAACACAACGGCAACACUGUGUAAAGAACGACGACGACAAAUACUCUGCAUUUCAUAAUAAUCCUUUCAUCGGUCGCUGAUGGAGCCUGGGCGUCAAGAGAACUCAGUGGUGACAGAGUGCAUGUUUACAUUACCUUUACAUUUACUGAAAGAAUGGUUUUAGACAGCUACAUUACCAAGUGUAUAUAUUUGUUUAUAUAUUAUUAUAAUAAUAAUAAUAAUGAUAAUAUUUUAUCUGAAGUUACUGAACUUUCGUCACCGCAUGCCUGCUGAAACAAAUGGAGAGUGAACAAAAAAGAAAUAAAGAGAGUGUGGAUCUGAUUAUUCAAAGCUUAAUGGAGGAUUUCAUACACACAAAGAUAAAAAUCAUUCAUUAUUUUACUAAACCGAUGAAGGAGUAGGUGAAACUUCAGAGUCUACAGAAUAUUUGUGGAGCUUCAGCUUUGAAGCCAAAUCCAAAUCAGACGUAAACAACUGAAAAGAAUAACAAUAAUCACUUUGGAAAACUUUGUUUCUUUCAUUUCAUUCGUUUUUCCAGUCAAACUGGAAACAUUUCAUGGCUUUCAAAAGCUCGUUUUUGAAAAACGAGCUUUGGAAAACUGGCUUUGUGAAGCUAGCUUUGUAAAACUAACUGUAAAGCUAGCUUUAACUGUAAAACUAGCUGUGCAAAGCUAGCUAGUAGCUCUGCCUCCAAACUGCUCCCGUGGUUUCAUCUAAGUGAAAAUUAAAAUUCAACUCAACGCUGUUGUUUAUUUUUUAGUCUAAAUGUUUGUUUUAGCCUCCUGACCAGGAGCCAUAUUCAAAUUAUUAUGUACACAGAGCACAAACUCACACUGCGUUAAUGCUCGAUGUUUAUGCUCCUGCUAGAGGCAGCUAACAAGGUUAGCAGAGCAGCAUCGGACACGGCUAACUGACAGACAGGAGCUGCUAAUGCUGCUAAAGUGGAAUAAACAACGCAAUUUUGAGUCAAAUUUGAAUGUUUUUGACGUCAUGUUUUUAUUUUUGUUAUUUUUUUACGUUUAAAGAGGUGGUCAACAUUUACGUUGACUCCAAACUUUCAUCCACUCCUUCAUCAACACAGUGUUAAGUAGAAAAUGUGUGAUUUUUCAUGUUUUUGGGGUGAAUUUUCAUCUUAAAUGUUUGUUUUUGUUUUUGUUUUCAGGGACAAGAAAAGACGUUAGUGCAGUAGACAGUACACACACACAAAUACACAAACACACAAACACGCACACUGUCUGAGUGGAUUUCCAAUGUGUGUCACUGCUCAUGUCUAUUCCUGUCCUUUGAAAUUAAUCAAUUGCCUUAACAAAUAAAUGUAGCCGCUCUGUGCUCGCAGACAGACAAGAGAGGUCGUAAUCAGGAGAUUAUAUGGAUUAUUUGUGGCACAAAAUUUGCCCAUUCUUAACAGCGUCUGUGAAAAAGAGCUGACGCUCACCAGGUGGAUAAACAAAGAGCAGACUUCGGUUUUUUGUUUUCCAUCCCAGUGAAGCACUGACGUGAUUUAAUCAUCAAACAAAGGCACAUGGUGUCAUAUCAGAGUCUGACUGUUUACUUUACAGAUAACGUAACAAAUCCCACCACACAAAACGAGACCAAAGCCAAUUCUAUGUUCCCUUUUUUACAUUUUAACCAAAUUUUCCUUAAUUUCCAAUUAGCUGGACUAUUUUCACUUGACACAAUUUACACACAGUUCAGUUGGUAAUCUACUCAGCGAGUUAAUGAAGCAGCAGAGUUUUUUUUUGGAUUACAGGUGCUGUGACGUGUCACGUCCACAAGAACGACCGCGACACUCAAACAUUUCUGGAUUAUACAGUCGGAUUUCCUCAUCUGAAUAAUCCAGAAAUGUGAUUUUCUUUGGAAUGAAUGAAUGAAUGUGUUGAAUUAGUGGCAUGAGGGAUGUUUUCAUGGUGGGUGAAACCAGGAUUACCUGCACGUGUUAAAGCUACAUAAAUCCAGGGAGAUUUUAAAAAAAAAAAAAAAGAAAAUGUGGAAUAUAACACAUUUUUGUUCCCUUUAUUCUGUAUUUUUGUUGCUUUUUAGAUCUUUGACAAAUGAAUAAAGUCGAAAUAAAAACAACACACCUGGACACUGGA